UUAGCCUCCUAGCCUAGGCAUAGUGAUUUGGUGAUUUGUUGCGGCCUGCUUGAUUUGCAACGUGUCGUAUGAAAAAUAAACGUUAAUAUGUUUCUGGCAAAUGUUUGCUGAAAGUUGACAGAAGAGUACUUCCCAUUGCGUUCGUAUACUUCAUAAAAAUAUGUUGCCGAAUAGAUCGUCCAUCGCGACCAAUACCAGGAAAGAUAUGUUCCCCGAUAAGAAAGCGACUUCUAAGCAAAUGAAAACCUCUACGUUAACGAACGCCGCUGGCCUCAGUUCUCUGAUUACUUUUACUGUUUUGCUGCUCGCUUGGAUCUCAGGAUUCGCCUCUCGGCUGUUUGCAGUAAUACGCUUCGAAAGUAUCAUACAUGAGUUCGAUCCUUGGUUUAACUACAGGGCAACAGCAUAUAUGGUACAACAUGGAUUUUACAAUUUCUUAAACUGGUUUGAUGAAAGAGCAUGGUAUCCAUUGGGUCGUAUUGUGGGUGGCACUGUUUACCCAGGAUUAAUGAUCACAUCUGGGUCAAUACAUUACAUAUUACACUCAUUAAAUAUUCCAGUGCACAUAAGAGAUAUAUGUGUAUUCCUAGCUCCAAUUUUUAGUGGCCUUACUGCCAUUUCUACGUACUUAUUAACAAAAGAGAUAUGGACUGCUGGAGCUGGUUUAUUUGCAGCGUGCUUUAUAGCAAUUGUACCUGGUUACAUUUCAAGAUCCGUGGCAGGAAGUUAUGACAAUGAAGGCAUAGCUAUAUUUGCAUUGCAAAUUACAUAUUAUCUAUGGGUUAAGUCAGUUAAAACUGGUUCGAUUUUUUGGGCUUCUAUGACUGCUCUGUCAUAUUUUUAUAUGGUAUCAGCAUGGGGUGGUUACGUUUUUAUUAUCAAUCUAAUCCCAUUCCACGUUUUCGUGCUAUUGGCAAUGAAUCGAUUCAGUAAUCGCUUGUUCACGAGUUACACCACAUUUUAUAUACUCGGACUUUUGUUGAGUAUGCAAAUACCAUUUGUCGGUUUUCAACCAAUAAGAACAUCAGAGCAUAUGGCCGCAGGAGGUGUCUUUGGUUUACUAAUAUUCGUGGCAACUCUCAGGUAUUUGAGAACUGUACUUACUAAAUCUGAAAUGAAAUACUUUGGUGGAGUAGUUGCAGUCACAGCUGGUAUCCUCCUAAUGAUUUUGAUCUGCUUGACCUAUGCCGGUAUCGUUGCGCCUUGGAGCGGUAGAUUUUAUUCGUUAUGGGAUACUGGUUACGCAAAAAUACACAUUCCAAUAAUAGCAUCUGUAUCUGAACAUCAACCUACAACAUGGUUUAGUUUUUUCUUCGACUUGCAUAUUCUUGUUACCACGUUCCCCGUUGGUCUGUGGUAUUGUAUUAAACACAUCAAUGACGAACGUGUUUUUGUUAUCUUGUACGCUAUAAGUGCUGUUUACUUUGCUGGAGUAAUGGUGAGGCUUAUGCUCACUUUAACUCCUGUCGUUUGUAUGCUUGCCGGUGUUGCAUUCAGCGAUCUUUUAGAAUUAUUCUUUAAAGAGGAAGACAGCGAGAGGAAUGAUCGAAGUAGCAACGGAAGCGAAGAGGAAAGCGAGGAAGAAAGAGAGAGGAGUCCUGGCAGAGCAUUGUACGACAAAGCUGGCAAAAUUCGUAGAAUGAAACACGAGAGACCCCGAGGAAAUGGUGAUGGAUUGGGUGUUAAUCUUCGAAAUGGAGUCGUGAUUGGUGCAUUUAUGUUGAUGAUGAUGUUCACUUUGCAUUGUACUUGGAUUACAAGUAAUGCAUACUCAAGUCCCUCGAUUGUUCUGGCAUCAUAUAGCAACGAUGGUGGUAGAGCCAUACUAGACGAUUUCAGGGAAGCUUAUUAUUGGUUAGCACAAAACACACCUACCGAUGCCAGAAUUAUGAGUUGGUGGGAUUAUGGUUAUCAAAUUGCUGGAAUGGCUAACAGAACUACACUUGUGGACAAUAAUACGUGGAAUAAUUCUCAUAUAGCUCUAGUUGGAAAAGCAAUGAGCUCAAAUGAAAGCGCUGCCUAUGAAAUUAUGACCUCUUUAGAUGUAGAUUAUGUAUUAGUUAUUUUUGGAGGGAUGAUUGGAUAUUCUGGUGAUGAUGUUAACAAGUUCCUCUGGAUGGUACGAAUCGCUGAAGGUGAACAUCCGCAGGACAUUCGUGAAAGUGAUUAUUUCAGCGAAAAGGGAGAGUUUCGUGUGGAUUCUGAAGCUUCACCUACCCUUCUGAAUUCAUUGAUGUACAAGUUAAGUUAUUACCGAUUCGGAGAGGUUAAGAUUGAUUAUCGGUCACCGUCUGGUUAUGAUCGUACACGUAGCGCAGAAAUAGGGAAUAAGAAUUUUCAAUUAACGUACUUAGAAGAAGCUUAUACAACUGAACACUGGCUUGUUAGGAUUUACAGGGUGAAAAAACCAAACGAGUUUAAUAGACCUAGUAUUCCAAUAUCUAAACGAGUUGUUGCUCGUAAUGCCAAUUCAUAUAUCAGUAAAAAGACACCACGUCGCAAGAAAGGAUACAUAAAAGGCCUGCCAACUAUUAUUAAAGGACAGAAACCUCAACGAAGGACUACGUAACAAACAUUUAUUAUCUAAUUCAUAACAGUUUUCAAAUACAACUUUUGUAAUAAAAAAAGAAAAAGAUUACCGUCCCUUGGGUCUACCACAAACUAUACCUCAGACUAAGAAUUUAAUAUCACUACAAAUUGAAUCAAUUGAAUUAUAGAUUAAACAGAAUUUCCAACAUU